AUGCCCCCACGGCCCCACUCCCGCCGUCCCCCGUUCCCGGUGUGCGCACCCAACCCGUCCCACUCCCGGCUCGGGGCUGUCCCUUGUCCCCCCGUGUCCCCACAGCCUGACGCCGACGCGACCCCUUGGGUUCCACAUGCGCAUUUACACGACGCUCUUCCGAUCUCGCCGGGGCCACCAGGUGUCACAUCCCGGUGUCACAUCCCGGUGUCACAUCCCGGUGUCACAUCCCGGUGUCACAUCCCGGUGUCACAUCCCGGUGUCACAUCCCGGUGUCACAUCCCGGUGUCACAUCCCGGUGUCACAUCCCGGUGUCACAUCCCGGUGUCACAUCCCGGUGUCACAUCCCGGUGUCACAUCCCGGUGUCACAUCCCGGUGUCACAUCCCGGUGUCACAUCCCGGUGUCACAUCCCGGUGUCACAUCCCGGUGUCACAUCCCGGUGUCACAUCCCGGUGUCACAUCCCGGUGUCACAUCCCGGUGUCACAUCCCGGUGUCACAUCCCGGUGUCACAUCCCGGUGUCACAUCCCGGUGUCACAUCCCGGUGUCACAUCCAGGUGUCACAUCCCGGUGUCACAGCCCGGGCCGUGUCCCCAUUGUCACAUCCCGGUGUCACAUCCCAGUGUCACAUCCCGGUGCCACAGCCCCGGGACCGGGCCUGCGAUGUCACACCCGUGACGUGUCCGUGUCCCCAUUGUCACAGCCUGGGGACACCUGUGUCCUGUGCCAUCCUGGUGCCAUCCCCAUGUCACAGCCUGGGGAUAUUUGUGUGCCACGUCCCGGUGCCAUCUCUGUGUCCUGUGUCCCCGUGUCCCGUCGUGGUGCCACCUCCAUCCUGUGUCACUUCCCGGUGCCAUCCCUGUGUCACAUGCCAGUGCCAUCUCCAGCCCGUGUCACUUCCCGGUGCCACCUCCAUCUUGUGUCCCCAUGUCACAUCCUGGUGCCAUCCUGGUGCCAUCUCCAUCCUGUGUCACUUCCCGGUGCCAUCUCUGUGUCCCCGUGUCACAUCCCGGUGCCAUCCCCGUGUCACAUCCCGGUGCCAUCUCCGUGUCCCUCGCUGUCACAUCCCCGUGUCACAUCCCGGUGCCAUCUCCGUGUCCCUCGCUGUCACAUCCCCGUGGCUGCAGAGCUCUCCGCGCUGUCCCCUGUCCCGUCUCCGUGUCCUGGUGCCACCUCCGUGUCCCCUCCGUGUCCCCUCGGGGCCGAGUGCCACAUCCCCAGGCCCCGCUGUCACACCCGUGUCACAUCCCCCAGCCGUGUCCGUGUCCCUGGGCACCUCCCAGGACAGCCCCGCGUCACCUCCGAGUGUCACAUCCCAGUGUCACCUCUGAGUGACACCUCCGAGUGCCACACCCUCGGUGCCACCUCCCCGUCCUGUCCCCAGCAGGAUCCUGUGGGAAACUGAGGCACAGCCAGGGGGACAUGGAGGGGGACAGGGAUGUCCCCUGGCCUCGGGACGGUGGGGACAGCGGGAGGGGACACUGGGACACGCUGGGGGCAUGCUGGGGACAGACUAGGACAAACUGGGACAGACUGGGGACAUGCUGGGGACACACUGGGACAGACUGGGGACAUGCUGGGGACACUCCCGGCCACGCCAGGGCUGUGGUGGCCGUGGCAGUGUCACCGCCACAGCGGGUGACACAGGGGAGUGGCACUGCUGUCCCUGUCACGGGGUGUCCCCGGUGUCACAGGGGUGUCCCUGCUGUCCCCGUCCCCAGUGUCAGGGGGUGUCCCAGCUGUCCCCAAUAUCACAGGGGUGUCCCCAGU